CAGCGGGGCAAGAUGGCGGCGGAGGAGAGUAGGUUGAAGCAUCGGACUCACCAAAACAGCGUCCUAAAACACGUCUGUUUCAGUGCUACUGUUUGGUUAAUGAUUUGGGGAAUACAGCUUCCACCCUUUACACUUGACCUGGUUCUACGUUCUGACUUUCUCCAGACAGGCUUCAGCCCGGCUUGGCCACUUUCACCACCCACUCCUCCUAUUGGUCUGUCUGUGUAAUGCUCUGAGUGAUCGCAGCCCCUCGCCGUUGCAGAUGCUCCCCACAGGUGCAGAGCCACAGGGGGGCUGUCCCGUGCAGCUAGUGGUGGCAGAUGAAGACGAGCAUUCCUUCUCUCUCCAGGAGGACGCACUGGAGAGGCUUCUGCUACGGGAGCCCGUGCAGGACAUGAGUGUGGUGGUGGUGUCUGUGGCUGGAGCCUUCAGAAAGGGAAAGUCCUUCCUGUUGGACUUUAUGCUACGCUACAUGUACAGCCAGAAACAGGGCAGCUAUGACUCGUGGCUGGGAGGAGAGGAUGAGCCCCUGACCGGCUUCACAUGGAGAGGAGGCUGUGAGCGAGAGACCACCGGGAUCCUAGCCUGGAGUGAAGUCUUCGUCGUGGAUAAACCUGACGGAUCACAGGUUGCAGUUCUCCUGAUGGACACACAGGGGGCGUUUGACAGUCAGUCCACCAUUAAAGACUGUGCCACCCUGUUUGCUCUGAGCACCAUGACCAGCUCCAUCAUGGUUUAUAAUCUGUCACAGAAUGUUCAAGAAGAUGAUCUACAACAUCUACAGCUCUUCACAGAGUAUGGGCGCCUGGCCAUGGAGGAGGUUUAUGAGAAGCCAUUUCAGAGUCUUAUGUUUCUGAUCCGAGACUGGAGUUAUCCGUACGAGCAUCCAUACGGAUUGGAGGGUGGCCGCAGCUUCCUCGAGAAACGCCUCCAGGUGAAGCAGAACCAGCAUGAGGAGCUGCAGAAUGUCCGUAAACACAUCCACUCAUGUUUCUCCAACAUCAGCUGCUUUCUGCUGCCUCACCCCGGGCUACGAGUGGCCACCAAUCCGCACUUCGAUGGGCGACUCAGGGACAUCGACGAGGACUUCAAGUCUGAGCUUGUGAACCUGGUUCCUCUGUUGCUGUCACCGGAGAACCUGGUGGAGAAGGAGAUUGGAGGAGAGAAGGUCACCUGCAGAGACCUGCUGCUCUACUUCAAGGCGUACAUGAAGAUCUACCAGGGAGAGGAGCUGCCACACCCUAAGUCCAUGCUGCAGGCCACGGCCGAAGCCAAUAACCUGGCAGCUGUAGCAGGAGCCAAAGAGAUCUACAACAGAAGCAUGGAGCAGAUCUGUGGAGGGGAGCGCCCGUACCUGUCGCCGUCGGAGCUGGAGCGUCACCAUGGCGACCUUCGUGAGGUGUGCGUGCGUCACUUUCGCUCGGUGAAGAAAAUGGGUGGAGAUGAGUUCUGUCGGCGCUACCAGACUCAGCUGGAGGCGGAGCUAGAGGACAUGUACUCCGCCUUCUGCAAACACAACGACGGGAAGAACCUGUUUCAUGCCGCACGCACGCCCGCCACGCUCUUCGUGUUAAUGGCGGCCAUGUACGUGAUCUCCAUGGUGACGGGCUUUGUAGGUGUGUCCUCUGUGGCAGCGCUGUGUAACCUAGUGAUGGGCGCCGCCUUGCUGGCUCUGUGCGUGUGGGCAUAUGUGAAGUACUCCGGAAAGUUCAGAGAUGUGGGCGCAGGCAUCGACCGAGUGGCAGACUUCCUCUGGGAGCAGAUGUUGUGUAAAAUUGUGGAGGUAGCCCGGAGUCGUGUGCCGCUGAUGAACCUGAUCCCUCUGCCGCGACCACGACUUGCGACCAACAACAACAUCAAGAAGAAAAACUAGAGCUGCCACUUUUGUCGCUCCUCUUUCUCUCUCCUCCCUUCCUCCUCCCUUCCUGUUCUCCUUCCCUCUGACUCACUCCUCUCUACACCCCUGUCUUUCACCAUACUCUCCUCCUCCUCCCCCUCGUCCUUCUCUUUUCCCCUCCUCCCUUUUCCUCACUCAUCCACUUCGGGAGCAGACAAGCAUUUUCUGGAUCUGCUUAAAUCAAACACAAAAUGAACAAACCCAGACACAAUCUUCACAUUUGUCUGACCCACCAAAGUUUACAGCUUUACUCCGCCACUUCAUAACUGUCAUUUUGGGGAGAGUUUCACAGUUUCUUUAUGUAGUCUGAUUUAGAAUAAGUUUUGUCUCUGAAGUCUUAAGUUAGGAUUGGUAUUGUAAGAAGACAACAGACUGUAGUUGAAACUACAACUAGAUAUUUUCCAUUAUUUAAGUUUAAUGACAUUUGUGGUUGUGGUAAAGUAGCCACAGCUGCCUACUACUGCAAGUGCUACUACUACUAUUACUGCUACUGAAAUUGGGAAUAGAACCACUGACAUUUGGGUUAAUUGAGCCUCUACUUACUACUCCUACUUCCAGUCUCUCAUCUUUUCAAUUAAACUCACAGUAUGCAACUUUUUAGCCAGAAAAAUUUGCUAAAAGUGUGUUUUUUCUUUUUUAAUUGAAAAACAUGAGUCCUUGCUGUGAGCGGGCUUGCAUUUCCACAAACGUUGCUAAUUUAGCCUGGAGGAGGGCCUUCUUCAACUUGUUUCCGUGGGAAUAUUGUUGGAGAAUGUUCCAAAGUAUGGUUUUCACUUUCAAUUUCCUUGGAUUAUGGAGGUGAAGUUCCGCCUCCAGUUACAUACUGUACCUAUAAUCACUUAUUUAUUGGCUAUGAAGACAUGAUUUUGACAACAUCUAGUGACCAAACAGUGCACUUCAGCCUUGUACUCUUUUUAUUUAAUUUUUUUAGUUUGAAUUGUGAAACUGUGAAAUUUCCCUAAACACAUUUCUUUCUCGACUGAACCUGAUUAUGUCAUGACUCCUGCUGAUUUUGAAGCUGUUUUUGUCCCUGGUGGGCUUCCGUAGACCUCCCUAUGACUGUAGACUGUAUCGGAGCACUAUUUAUUGAUGUACAGCUGAUUCUUGAUAGUAUUAUGUAUGUAAAGAAGGAGUUUUUAUCUGAAGUGACUGAGCACAUGCUAUUCCAAACCUUUGAGAUUUUAGCUGUCUGAGUAGUUUACAAAAUUAAGUUUUGUUGAGAUGUGGACCAAGGCUUUGUCCACAUUUUAAUAGAUUUUGCUUGAGUUUUAACAUUGAAAUUUCACUUAUAAAACAUAUAGGACCAAAGCAUAGCAGUUUCAUUCCAUUUUUGUUUUUUCAACAUGAAUCUUAAAUGCAGGAACCAUUAAGUUUGUGUUUGGUGUGGACAAAUCCUUCAACAUCAACUAAAAUGAAGGAAUUGAAAAACGGUAUCUAGAUUUUAGUAGUUUUGAGUUGACUAAAGCUGCCCUGUGUAACUUCUCUGAUGGAGGUUCUACCUCCUGCUUGUCUCCAUAGAUGUUCUUGUUUUUCCCAGAAUGUUGCACAGUGUGGCUUUACACUUUUCUACCUUAUAUGUAUUGUAUUACAGGUGUAUUUGUUGCUACAAAAAUGAGUGUAAAACAUGCAUUCUUACUGUGAUCGAGAUCUCUUCACAGAUCGGACCUGUAACUUGGCGCUACCUACUUAUUUCUAUGGAGACACUGUGAAACAUUCCAGAUGAAGUAAUUCUAUUCUCUUUGGAGACAAACAGGAGAACAUUACAGCAGAAAAGUUGCGUAAUUGUACUUUUUAAGAUGGUUGUAACACUGGAUUGAUUGUUUUGCCCGUUUCAAGAUUUCAAUUUCCCUUUUGGAGAUUUUGUAAUUGAACUGACUUGACUGAUCUGUCUCCAUAGCAGCCUCACUCACUUUUUAAAAAUGCAUGUUAAUCAUUUUUCAAGGUAUUUUAAGCAAUAACAACACCUGUAAUUGAAAACAAGCUAAUUAAAGAAGUUUAAUUUAAAUGCCAAUGGAGAGUUACACAGUGCACCUUUUGAUCUGAAAUCUUGAAGAUUAUUUGACUUUUCCAAACUAGUCCAAUCCACUUGUUUGUAAAUUCUAGUCAUUUUAAUCUUUUCUUUUGACAUUUGCACAUUCUGCCUUGUGAUUCUUUUUGGCACCAAAACUCUGGAUCAUUCCUCAUUCUUAGUAAUUCCAUAGUUUUUCCAGAUGCUUAAAUCUUGUACAGACAUUUUUACUGCAGUUUCCACAUGGACCACAUGGCGGCGCUGCAUAUGUACAAAUGCUGGUUUUCUAGAGACUUUUGGAGCUUUCCUUUUGAUUUGGUUCACACUGAAACGCAGGACAUUUUGAUUAAUUUGAGAGAGAAUCCUUGGUGUAAAUAACAUAAGCACUACAGACCAUCUUUAUUUGGUUUCUGUUACAUUUUAAUUUAAUUUUUAAUUUAUUACAAUAAUAAACAGAACAACUAUGGAUUAA